AUGGACAAAGCAGAUGUAGCGGCGAAGCCGUCAUUCCCCGUCUCGUCGUCAUCAACCUUCAUCCGAAAGCCAGCAAUCCUAUCAAGCUUGAAAGAUACACAAGAACAUAAUGCGGGGCUUGCCGAUAACCAAAGGCAAAGCCACCACCCCAUCGCCGGCCCUUAUCCAGAGGCCGACUCGCCACCCGUCACAUAA